CUUCGCUUAUAUGUUGCGAUAGUGAUCCUACCGGUGAACUUGCUUUGCCAGUGCUUCGAGAAAUUGCUGCUUACGUGAUGGCUCGAGUCGUCAAGAAAGCUCCUUCUGUUUGUACGGAUUUACCACUGGGCAACACUGAUAUUUGUACCAAGCUUCAUUUGCUGAGGCAGCUUCUGAGAUCUUGUUUUGGUCCAACAGGUAGAUUAAAACAAAUUCAUAACAAUAUUGGAGGGUACGUUGUAACUACCUCCACCUCCUCAGUUCUCCUUCCAGCUAUUUCCUCCUCACAGCCUUUUGUCAAUAUGUUGAAAACCUCCAUCCUCAACCACGUUUCUCGUUUCAGUGAUUGUGGUUUGUUUGCUGCCAUUCUGUGUUUAACUCUAAUUGACCAAGCAAAUCGCGCUGCUCUCAAAAGAAACGUGGCCAUUAAAGUGAACAAGCACUUGCUGGGUCUGUGCACCAGUUACCUACAACGUGAAGACUGUGGUUGCAAAGUGAAGCUCGACUUUAGCAGCAGCCAGAACAUGAUCACAUUAGCUCGUAGCAUUAUCUCCAGCAAACCAGCGUGUGUGCUGACAGAGCCAGAGACACUUCACAUCAGUAAGUUAACUGUACAAGCUUUUUUGCUGACCAUUCCCUGUGACAUGCCAGGUAUAGUCAGUCUUGGCAAGACAGUGACGGUCUCUGUGGAGGGCUAUUCUGUGCUAGACUCUGCAGUCUUUCCAGGUUUGCUGCUGAAUAUUACUGAUACAUUUUGCAUCAGCAAGGCAGAUCACCUGCAUUCAACUCCACUAAUUGUGGUGGUGUUUAGUGUAUCUCUUGCUGGAGACCUUUCUGAACUAGGAGAUGGGAUAAUUCAAGUGCACCAAGGUGCAGAUACAGAUUCACAGAUCCUGAAUCAACUCCUGGAGGUCGGCAAGCAGGUGGUUAAAGAUGAAGUGAAGCUCUUUGUGUGCCAGAAGGUCAUACACCCAGUACUACAACAAUACCUGAAGAGUAAUGGUAUCAUUGUGGUAGAGAGACUAGGAGUCACCCUCAUGGAGCCACUUAUUCAGCUGACAGGUGCUCAACCUGUGGCCUCAUUACAUACCACAAUCCCAGCCAAGGCCUAUGGGAAGGUGAGGGAUCUCAGUAUUAGGCAGUUUGGAUCCCAGACAAUGCUGCAUUUACAUUCUCCUGGGGAGUCAGUGGUCUGCACAAUGGUCCUCUGCCACAGAAAUGAGACAAUGUUAAGUGAGCUGAAGGUGGUGUGCCAGAAGACAGAACAUGUGUUGAGGCUCACCCUGAGGGAACCAUCUGCCUUACUUGGAGGUGGAUGCACCGAGACUCACUUAGCGGCUUAUGUCAGACACGAGAGCAAGAAUGAAGUAGCACAAACAGCAUCAGUGUUAGGGUGCUCACAGAUGGAGUAUCUUCUUGGCAUGGAGGGAUUCUGCCGUUCUCUGGAGUCUGUAGCCACAGCACUGGAGCACAACGGUGGGAAUUCUUUAAUCGAUCUGACUCAUGCUCACCACUGGACUCUUCCUGCAGAUGUUGUGAAAGAUCAGAUGGCGGAUAACUUUGGUUUAUGUGGCUGUGGACUGGUGGGAAGUAGCCCAAGCAAGAAGUGGACAUACUUAAACACUCAAUACACAGAGUUAUCACCUGCACUCUUGCCUAGAGACAAUGUUAUGCAGCCUUGUGUGCUGGACUCCUUCGCAGCUAAACUCAAUGCAUUGCAGGUGGCUGUAGAAACAGCUAAUCUUGCACUAGAUGUGACAUAUAUAAUUCAAGAUGUGAACUAGCUGAAUGCUGUAUUUGCUAUACUCUGGCCUUAUUUGAUUACCUGAAAUUCUAAUGUGAAAUACAGAAUAGUAUGCCAAAAUAUAAAAUACCAAACAA